AUGUCGAAGAUUGGCGUCCGCUUUAUUGCAGGGGAAGUCAAGCAGCUGGACUACGACGGCCAGCAAGUACUGGCAGACAUCAAAGCCCUGCACGAUGGCGAUGUGAUGCGCUUGAAGUUUGACUACUGCAUCGUUUGCGCGGGAUGCUGCUUUGGUCCCUUCAGCAAGUGGGGAGAGUCCUUAUGGUUCCCAACCAUCCACGAAGCUGCCCGGGAGGAGAGCGAGUGGCGGGACAUUGACGAACGCUUUCUCGAAGGUCGCAGGCGUCACAUCCUUCAGGAGUUCGAUAGCCUCACCGAGCUGAACGCCAGGUCAGCCUCGAUCUUAGUCGUGGGUGCCGGCUUCAUCGGUGUCGAGUGGGUGACAGAGUUGCAGUAUUACUUUCGAAACUUGAACCUCAACAUUGUGGACGUUCUGCCGAACUGUCUCGGACCUCUUCCUCCGUCUGCCGCGGCGUACUGCGCACGGUACAUGACUUCCGUAGGCAUCAAGCAGCACUACCGAACGAAGUACGAUCCAAACAGCAUGGACUUCUGGCAGACCAUUGGCAUGCCAGAGAAGGCAGACCGAACUUUCGUCUGCAUUGGCGUCAAAGCUGCCAAUUACUUCAUGCCACCGGAUACACUCAGUGUCACCGGGCCGGGAGGUGGUGGCUGGAUACUGUUCAACCAGAAACUUCAGGUCACCACCCGUCCGCCUCGAGGAGCGCAAGUCGGGGACGUUUGGGCGGGAGGGCGCGUCUUCGCCGUGGGCGACUGCAACUACGGCUGCAUCGGAAAUCCGCCCGACUGGGUCAUGCCCCCCGUUCCCAAGGUCUCCUUCCCGAGCGAAGAGCAGGCGAACCACGCUUGCCGGAAUGUGCGCCUCAUGAAUGCUGACAAGGCUCUCCGGGACACCUAUUGGCCUUGGGGCGCCGGCCUAUUUGCGACCAGUUUGGGGCCUCGUGACGCCUGCUUCGUGAUGGGUGCUUCGUACAGGAAAGGAUCGGGAUACCUGGUGAACUGGUGGCUGCCUGCUGUCUGGCAGAAAGACCUCAUCGAGAGGACGAAGGUGAUGGAAUGCAAGAGCGAGGCCAUUGGACGCAUGGCAGCUGAGCUGCAGAGUCUCCGGAGCUUUCUUCGACGAGCACUUCUGAGUCUCGGCACCUCCGUGGCGCUCUUUUCCGCGCAGUGCCCGAGCUCUGCAGACAGGGCUUACACGCCGGCACCAGUGGGCUACCGGUCCAUACAGCUUCGAGUUGGGCAGAAGCAGGUGCCGACCAGCGUGUGGUAUCCGGCGCAGAACAAGCCGUACCAGCACUUCAUCAGUGUGGGCAAGAUCGUGGAGGUGCUGCAAGGGGCGCUCCUGCCGCGGUCAGUGGGCUGGGAGUUUGAUUUGCAGGCCGGGCUGCCAAUCUUUGCUGAUGCCUCGCCCUUGGCGCCCGAGACUUCGGCCGCUUCUGAGACGCCCACGAGGCUGCAGCAGCUCCGUUCCUCUGCGGGGCUCCUCCCCAAGAACUGUGCCGUCAUCUUUGCACAUGGUUACCUGGGCAGCCGCUUCGACAUGCUGCACCUCUGCGAGAGGCUCGCAAGCCAGGGCUUCGUGGUCGCCGCCCCCGACUUUUCCGAGGGUUUGUCGGGAGCAGUGUCGGAACUGCCAAGACGUGACAUAGUCUCGGAGCUUCUGGCAAAGCUUCGCAGGGCUUGGGGAGCUCAGCAAUUUGGAAUCGUUGGCCACUCUGCUGGCGGAGGGACCGCGACUGUUUCUCCGGGCCCGUUUGCGUGUGGUCGCGUGGCUGUUGCCGGCCUGGCUCCGGGCUAUGCUGACCCGGACCCUUUGCUGGUCCUUGCAUCGGAAGGUGACGGCGUGGUAAGGCUGGAGAGAGUUCUCCAGGCCAUACCAAGUGGGAUCCCAUGUGUGGAGGAUCCCGGAAACUACGAUCUUUCUAAGAAGUCGGGUGCGGUACUCCUUCGUCGAGGUCUGAAGGAUGGGCAGCAGGCACCCUGCCACAUAUCUUUCCUGUCCGCCGAGACGAACAAAGCCAUGAUCUCCUUGCUCUCACCUUUGCUGCCUGUUGCACGUGUCUUGGAGGUGCCAGUGCUGGACUUCGACACCUAUCUGGAGCUGCAGGACUCUGAGGAAGUUGCUGCCGCAACACUACCAUUGAUUGAAGACUUCUUCUGCCAGAAUGCGGCCAAGCAGUAG